AGCACAUCUGGGAAAUUGAACUUAAAGCGUAUACCAAAACAUCUCGUAACUAUUAAGAUAAUCAAUUUCAUGGCUGAUUUGCUGUCACUUCUCUGUGUUGCUGCAACUGAAGACGAACCUAAUACUGAUUCUGAAGAUGCACAACUUAAAAAGCGAAGGAAAAAUAGCCCUUACCAACCUCAGUUCUAUAUGCCUACGGCACUUUUACCUAUUCAUCAUCAAACCUUACUUCAGUCCACUCCCUAUCUCCAGAAAAAUUCUUCGUAUUCACCCGCUGGCUCUCGAAUAACAUCCAAUCAGAUUCAACCCUGUACUUCGGUUUCCCGUUCGUCUUCAAAUUCCUGUCCCACUGACAUUUCUACGAGCCACACAGAAAAAUCAAGUGCAUCGCAAUAUGCCGAUGAGCACAUGGCAGACAUCAGUUCAUGUGAAGGCGAAUCUAAUACUUUUAGUUUAAGCACUAAAAAAAGGCGACGCGUGGGCAAAUAUCAAUCGAGACGUGCAAAGCCGUUGACUGUAGAUACGUUGCACCAAAUAUUUGAAACGCUGCAUAUUGAGAAGGACCCUACGAAUGGGACGUACCGCUUGUCUCUUCCGAUACUGAAGACGUCUGAUUGCUCAAGCAAAUAUUUUGCAGUGACUGAGUGGCAAUGCUUUAGAAAGCGGAUUAUGAACCAUGGGUUUGAAAUUAUGGAUGAACAACAGGCCGUGUGGAUCCGCGUGCGUCCGAAUUUGAAGACACCAGACGGUAGUUUGGUUUUCGACCACGCUGAAUUGAGAUCUAAGUAUUCGACUCCGUGCAAAAUCAGAGAUGCAAAAGAGCGCGGAGACAUCGUCGAGAUUUCUAGUCGCGAGUCUGGAGAAUUUGCAGAAGGAGAGUUCAGUGACGGCAGUACUGAGGGGUCUGAAUCACCAAACACGUUUAACUGUAGCGGCAAGAACUCGCCGGAGGGCAGUAGCGCGCAUUCAGAUAUAUCACUUUCAAACGAGGCACUCAUGAGUAGCAAUUGCCUAAGUCAGCUCUUGUCAAGCGAUAAAAGCAACCCAAUUGAAUAUUCACUAGAAAGCUCUCUGAGAGCUUGUCUAAAUGACGCAGUUAAAGGACUAAUGCUAUCAGGUCAAUAUCUAGUAUCUACCGGAAGCUUUGACAUACAACUAACUAUUAGAGAUAGUUGCUGUAACAUCAAUGACAUGAAUCAGAUGAUAUCCUGUAGAACAGUUGGCCGCACUCCGCUGCAAACGCGAGUAUCUUCGAUGAACGAAAUUGAAUCAGAGUUCAAAUCCCCAUCAAAGUCAUUCGUUAUUUGAGAGGAAAAAAGCGACAAAUUUGCUCUAUUCAAAUGGAUACAUAUAUUAGUUUGUACAUGAUUUACAUAAAAGCAGUGAUAAUUUCUGA